GAAACAUUGAAGUGUGCGUGAGCUACGUAAACGUACCUGCCUACGAAUAUACUAGGUACAUAUGUACUACCGACAUCGACCUAACGAACUGCAAGAAAGAGCUACAUAUGUACAUACAUAUGUACAUAGUACCUAUAUGCGUUAGGUACCAGUAGGCACCUUACACUUACUCACUUCAAUGUUCAACAUCCAUACACAGACAUCGGAGUACACUUGCCCUCUUCAACUGGUCAGACAGUCUGGUCUAUCCCGAUGUGUACUAGGUACUCCAGUACCUACAUCUCUAGUUUGGGUACAUACCUACAUAUGUAGCUACCCUGUCCACUCCUUAACUAUUUUCUUCCUUUUGUUUUUUCCCUUUUCCUUUCCUUCUUUUCCUUUGUCUUCAAUACUCUUUUCCUUGUGUUAGUUUUCCCCGUCAAUCUUACAUUGCCUACUCUAUUGUACUCGACUGCCCUACCUAACCUACUUGAUUUGUACCAUCUGAAGGAGUAGACAUGGUCCCCUGGACAGUGACCUCGAAUGAGGUCUAUAUACUGCCUUUGAAGGAUGAUGGUGCUCCUGAUGUUGCGGGGGAAUAUAUCUACUUGGCACCGAGAUCGAAGGAGCAUGUAACGAUACGGUUUACGAUCGAGGGUACUUCGUCGAUAUGUCGGCAGGGCAGUUUAUGGGUCAACAUUCCGGAACAAGGAUCCGAGUUUCGCAGAGAUCAGUUCCGCCAGUACAAGUUGAAUCCCGAUUUCAACAGAACGAUUGAGAUAUCGAUCCCCAUCUAUGAAGCUGGUGCUUUUGCGUUUUAUACUACAUACGCCGAGUUACCUAGCUUGUCCACUACCUCUAAAUCUGACACGCCCUCUGCGUCCAAAAAGACACCGCUGUACUAUAUCGAUGUUGCCCCUAGGUUGUCAUUAGAUAGUCGUCCGUUGCCUCUUUCGGCACUGUCCGUAUUUUCUGUCAUCAGCAAGUUCAUGGGAAAGUACCCAUCUGACUGGGAGAAGCAUCUGAGAGGUAUUAGUGGUCGUGGUUAUAAUAUGAUUCAUUUCACCCCUUUACAGAUUCGUGGAGCUUCAAAUUCCCCGUAUAGUUUAUAUAAUCAGCUUGGGUGGGACCCCGAAUGCUUUCCUCAGGGAGAGAAGGACGUACAGAAAAUGGUGGAUAGUCUGGAGCGGGAACAUUCUCUCCUGAGUCUGACUGACAUAGUUCUCAACCAUACCGCCAACAAUAGUGGGUGGCUAUUGGAGCAUCCAGAAGCAGGGUACAAUCUGACCACGGCGCCGUGGCUAGAGUCAGCCUACGCCCUCGACACCCAGCUUUUGCUCCUAAGCUCCAAGUUGGAGGAGCUUGGCUACCCUACAGACCUUGAAACUACCGACGAUCUUAUCAAGAUCAUGGAUGGCAUCAAGAAGCAUGUGAUUUCGGAAAUUCGUCUGUGGGAGUACUACACCAUUGAUACGGAGAGGGAUGUUGAUGCUGCCAUGGAAUCAUGGGCUGCUGGGAAGCAAACUGUACCCGAGGGGUCUACAAGUGAUGAGCUUGAUAAGCUCAGGGAUGUUGAUGUGGAACAUCAAGCUUUGUAUCUAAUUGAGAAGGGCCUGGCUGGGAACGACAGACUUGGUGAACGAUUCCGACGGCGCGUUGACCCUAAUGUUGCAGCUAGUUUAAUAGUUACUUUGUUUGGGAAGUACCGGGGCGAGGCGGAUGAGGCGGCUAUUCGAACUAAGCUAACCCAGAUACUUGACGUUGUCAAUGUUCGCUUUUACGAGGAGUACGACAAGGAGAUUGGAGAAAUCCUCCAGCAGUUGUUCAAUAGGAUCAAGUAUACCCGUCUUGAUGAGCAUGGCCCAAAGAUGGGCCCUAUUAAUCAAGCAAACCCUCUAAUCGAAACCUAUUUCACUCGCCUGAAUAAGUCAGAGGCUUCUGAUAAAUUCAAACCCGAAGACUUGGUUCUCGUCAAUAAUGGAUGGGUGUGGGCCGGAAACGCGCUGGUGGACAAUGCUGGUCCUCAGUCGCGCGUUUAUCUACGGCGCGAAGUAAUUGUCUGGGGCGACUGCGUCAAGCUUCGCUACGGAAGCAGUCCCAAGGACAGCCCAUUUCUCUGGGAAUACAUGACUAAGUAUGCACGAAUGCUUGCAAAGUACUUUGCUGGCUUCCGCAUCGACAACUGUCACUCUACCCCUAUUCACGUCGCAGAACACAUCCUUGAUGAGGCUCGCCGUGUUCGGCCCAACCUUUACGUGGUGGCAGAACUUUUCACCGGAUCGGAGGAGAUGGACUAUGUCUUCGUGAAGAGGCUAGGCUUGAGCUCGUUGAUCAGAGAAGCCAUGCAGGCUUGGAGCACAGCCGAACUCAGCAGAUUGGUACACCGUCAUGGUGGACGCCCUAUCGGCAGUUUUGAGGUGGAUGAGAUUUCCAAAACCCCCCUUGGAAGUGCUCCUACCAGUCCUGGGUUUGCCAGUCCUGGGUUGAAUGGCAGUUCUGCGCGAGAAGUCAUCCGCACCAUUAAGCCCGCUCCGGUGCAGGCUCUCUUUAUGGAUUGCACUCACGAUAACGAGGUUCCGGCACAAAAGAGAGAUGCUCGAGAUACAUUACCAAACGCUGCGUUGGUGUGUAUGUGUGCUAGCGCUACCGGAAGCGUCAUGGGUUACGACGAAAUAUACCCCAAGCUGGUCGACCUUGUGAACGAGACCAGGCUGUAUACGUCUGAAUCAUCCGUCGCCAAGGAGAUCAAAGUUGGCGGUGGAAAAGGUGGCAUCGGCGGCAUCAAGAAGCUACUCAACCAAAUUCACACUCUAAUGGGGAAGGAUGGGUAUGACGAAACCCACAUCCAUCACGAAGAUCAAUAUGUCACAGUACACAGAGUGCAUCCCGAGUCGAGGAAAGGAUACUUCCUCAUUGCACAUACUGCAUAUCCCGGCUACGGAGAUAGCCGUGGUACAUUCAGUCCCGUACACCUUAGCGGCACCAAGGCGCGACACCUAGGAAGCUGGAUGCUGGAGGUUGACGCGAAUGACGAAGCUAAGCAAGAAGUCGAGAACGAUAAGAAAUAUCUACGGGGUCUCCCGAGUCGUGUGCUUGAUCUGCCAGGUAUUCGAUUGGAAGUCAAGUCUGACGAGACAGUUAUCACUGUGCGUGAGAAGUUUCCCCCUGGAAGCAUCGCCUUGUUCGAAACCUGGAUUCCAGCAGCCGAGCAUUCAUCGGGUUUAGAUACCUACGUGACAUCCGGAGCCAAGGAGGCCAUGGUUGAACUAGAUUUGGUCGACCUCAACUUUUUGCUGUACCGUUGCGAGGCCGAAGAGCUUGAUGGGAGUGGUGGCAAAGAUGGCACCUACGACAUUCCGGGCCAUGGCAAGAUUGUGUACGCAGGUCUCCAGGGCUGGUGGAGUCUUUUGAAAGACAUCAUUAAGGAAAAUAAUUUGGCCCAUCCACUCUGCCAAAACCUUCGUGAUGGUCAAUGGGCUCUGGACUAUACCGUGGGACGGCUGGAGAGAAUAAGUCAGCAGGCUGGGUUUUCUCGCCUUGGAGGGAUAGCAGCUUGGCUCAAGGAGCGUUUCGAUGCGAUCCGUGGCAUUCCCAACUUCCUUCUACCACGCUACUUCACGCUUGUGAUACGAACCGCCUAUAAGGCUGCCUGGGCGAGAGGGUUGGAGCUCAUGAAUGAGAAGAUACAAACCGGUCAAUGGUUCCUUCAGAGCUUGGGCUUGGUCAGUGUUCAAAUGACGGGCUUAGUAAAGUCCGCUUCACUCUGGCCCAAGAAGCUCGUCCCCUCGCUAGCUGCUGGACUACCACACUUUGCUGUAGAAUGGGCGCGAUGCUGGGGUCGUGACGUCUUCAUCUCCCUUCGCGGUCUCUACCUUGGAACCGGCAGGUUUGAAGAAGCUGCGGAGCACAUUUUUGCGUUUGCCAGCGUUCUCAAGCAUGGCAUGAUCCCCAACCUUCUUGGCAGUGGGAAUCUUCCGCGAUACAACAGCCGAGAUUCCAUUUGGUUCUUCCUACAAUGCAUUCAAGACUACACCAAGUAUGCAUCAGAUGGGUUAAGCCUCCUGAACAGAAAAGUCAAACGGCGAUUCUUACCCUAUGAUGAUAUCUGGUUCGACUCGGAGGACCCGAGAGCGUAUUCGACGGAAAGCACAAUCCAAGAGGUUAUCCAAGAAGCUAUGCAACGACACGCCACUGGGUUGAAGUUCCGUGAAGCGAACGCAGGGCCAACCAUUGACUCUCAGAUGCGCGAUGAAGGUUUCAACAUUGAAGUCAACGUCGACUGGUCGAAUGGUAUAAUUUUUGGUGGUAAUCAGUUCAACUGCGGUACGUGGAUGGACAAGAUGGGAGAGAGUGAGCGUGCUGGGUCCAAGGGCAUCCCGGGUACUCCACGUGAUGGUGCCGCUAUUGAGAUCACUGGCCUACUCUAUAGUACCCUCCGAUGGUUAGCCAAGCUCAAUGCCGACGGUCACUAUCCGCACAAGGGCGUGACCAAAUCAGACAAGUCUGAAAUCACAUUCUCAGCCUGGGCAGACCUACUCGAGUCAAACUUUGAGCGCAGCUACUACGUGCCAACGGAUGAGGCAGAGGAUUCGCUAUAUGAUGUUAACCCGAGCGUCCUCAACCGGCGUGGUAUCUACAAGGACCUCUACCGCUCCGGAAAGGAAUAUGAAGACUACCAACUCCGACCCAACUUCACCAUUGCCAUGACGGUGGCUCCCGAUCUAUUUGAUGCCACUCACGCCAUGGGUGCUCUCGUUAUUGCGGACCAAGCCCUACGUGGACCGACUGGAAUGGCGACGCUAGACCCGAUCGACAUGAAUUAUCGGCCUUACUACAUCAACAGUGAAGACUCGACCGACUUCGCGACGUCCAAGGGGCGGAACUACCACCAAGGACCCGAGUGGCUUUGGCCUACGGGCUUCUUCCUGCGUGCCCUCCUCAAGUUCGAUCUCAAGAGAAGAGAUUCACAGGAAGGCCGGGUAGAGGCAUUCCAGCAAGUCACGAGGCGCCUGGGGGGGUGCAAAGAGAUGAUUGAAAAGAAUUGGUGGGCAGGAUUAACGGAACUCACGCAGAAGGAUGGCCAAUUCUGCGGCGACUCGAGUCCCACGCAAGCGUGGAGUGCCGGGUGUCUUAUUGACUUGUACAUGGAUGCGGCUGAGUACGGGAUGAAGUAACCUUCCUACAUGACUGCGUAAUGAUAGCAGAAGUAGAUGGGUGUAGAUAAAGAAGCAGAAGAAGUGUGAUGAGAAAAGCAUAUAAAUAGUUCGUUUUGAUGAUUAUGAAGAGAUAUGAACCUUGCUAUACACGCAACUAGGUAGAUAAAUACACAGAGAGACAGACAGAGAAUACAUGUUAUGAAGAAGCAAA